AUGUACGGGAAUGUCGGUCUCCAGACCGCUCGAGGAAGUGGCACGAACGGUUAUGUUACCAAAAACUCGGCUCACCUUCGUAUCAGAGAAGGUCCCCCUGGCGGUCCAUUCGGCGGCUUCAACCGCGACGACGACCUUCACAAAGCCCCCAUCUACCGUGCCCCAGACCAGGGUAUCCUCGAGCACGAGCGCAAACGCCGCAUCGAGGUCAAGGUGAUGGAGUUGCGUGACGGGUUGGAGGAAGCUGGCAAGGAUGAGGACGAGAUUGAUGAGGAAUGCGACAAGUUGCGCCAAAGAUUGAACUUGGUGAAGGAGCAGAAUACUGGAAAGGGAAAGAGCUCGCAUUCGAUGGCUGCUGCCAAGGAGGUGGAGAUGAGCCGUCUUGGAAGGGCACUCGGAGUCAGGAAAGACCAUGUCGAAGGAGAGGCUUUCAAGAUCGAGACCCCGGAAGAAAAGGCGGAGAGGCUCGCGAGAAGGGAGGAGAAUGAGAGAAUGAGGAUUGAGGCUGCGUUGAAGCGAGAGAAGGAGGACGAGGAGAGGAAGAAGGCAUGGGAGGAGAAGGAGAAGCUAAGGAGGCGAGAAGAGUAUAGGAGGAAACAAGAAGCUCUGAAUCCUCCCAAGCGAGGCCGCUCCCCGUCCGCCCCUCCUAGACGCCGUCGCUCUCCCUCCGACUCUCGUUCUCGCUCCCCCGUCCGCCGCCGCCGUUCCCCAAGCUACUCCCGUUCCCCAUCCCCUCCCCCACGCCGCAGAGCAAGGUACAGCGACUCUCCCCCCCAUGGCGGCGCCGACUCGCGUCCACCUUCGCCCCAGCUCAGAGGCAGAAGGUACAGUGACUCUCGAAGUCGGAGCCCGGUGAGGAGAUAUGACUCUAGAGAUGACUCGAGAGGGAGGAGUUAUACGCGGUCGCUUUCGCCGGUAGGAAAGAGGAGGAGGUAUGCGAGUGAUUCGAGGAGUCCUAGCCCUCCACCCAGAAGAGGAAGGGCCGCGAGCGAGGACAGUUUCAAGUCUCGAAGUGAGAGGAGCUUGACGCCAGAAGUAUCCAGGGAGAGGGUUGACAACACCAGGAAGAGGUUGUAA